AUGUUUCCUGAGAUCGUUGAGUGUGCGAAGAGUGUUGACAUUCUGGAAGGUGCGCAAGGUGGUGUGAAUGAAACGGUUAUCGUUAUGGUUCUCAGAAACUAUCAGUUACAUGAGUUGGAACUUGGAAAGUCGCUAAAAUCAAAUCAAAUAAAUGUACAAGUAGCUACGAAUAUACAGUUUGAUGACUGCUGUGUUUGUGAGUUUCUUACACUGAGCUCUUCCAAGGUUGUGGGCAAAGCGAAUAAAGAUUUAAGAACACUAAGUGGUGAAAAUAGUCAAGGUGUAUCGUCUUCUCUUGUUAAACUAUACCAUAAGUUGCCUUCUCCUGAUUAUUUAACCAUUUGCCAAUGCCUGAUGUUACUGGAUGACCCAGAGGGUGUUUCGAGCAUCUUGAAAAAACUUCUACGAUCUGAAAAUAAGGAUGAUGCUUUGCUCGCAUUUCAAAUAGCUUUUGAUCUGGUCGAGAAUGAGAACCAAGCUUUUCUACUGAAUGUCAAAAAUCUGUAUUUUUUGGGCACCGGAAUGCGUGUUUUAUGGGAAGAUUUUUUUUAG